AUUGACUUUUUUCAUUGCUAUAUAUUCUAAUUACAAUUCCUUUCAAUUUUAAAAUUAUUGUCGCGAUUGUUUUGAUACUGUACGAAAUUUUGAAAUAAACCGAAAAUCCACAAACGAACAAAAUGAAAUUUACGGUAUCAUUAUUGUUGAUUCUAACAUUGAACUUGGCUAGUAUUUUGGUUGAAGCAAAUCCACGAUUUAAACGAGAUAAUCGAGACGAUGUCUUGAGACAAGCCGAUGAACUAAUAAAAAAAGGCGAUCAUGUAAUGGAAUUGUUGCCCGAUUCUGAAUUAAAAGAUGAAAUUGCAGCCAAACUGGCUCAUAUGAAACAUUACAAAGAGGAGUUAGAAAAUGCACAUAACCCGAUCAAAAUUGCUCAUUUAGAAUUAGAAUUGUUGACAAUGUUCAAGAAAUUUAAAUCAUUAUUGAACCGAGCUGAUGAAAUCAUCAAAUCUAUGACAACAUCAACAACACCAUCAACAACAUCAACAACACCCGAACCAACAACGCCAUCAACAACAUCAACAACACCCGAACCAACAACGCUUUCAACAACAUCAACAACACCCGAACCAACAACCAUAUCAACAAUAUCAACAACCCCAUCAACCCCAUCAACAACCCCAUCAACCCAAGGACCAACAUCAUCAACCCAAGGGCCAACAUCAUCAACCCAAGGGCCAACAUCAUCAACCCAAGGGCCAACAUCAUCAACCCAAGGGCCAACAUCAUCAACCAAGGGCCANCCAUCAACAACAUCAACAACACCCGAACCAACAACCCCAUCAACAACAUCAACAACACCCGAACCAACAACCCCAUCAACCCCAUCAACAACCCCAUCAACCCCAUCAACAACACCAUCAACAACGCCAUCAACACCAUCAACAACACCCGAACCAACAACCCCAUCAACAACAUCAACAACACCCGAACCAACAAGAUCAACAUCAUCAACCCAAGGACCAACAUCAUCAACCCAAGGAUCAACAUCAUCAACCCAAGGACCAACAUCAUCAACCCAAGGGCCAACAUCAUCAACCCAAGGGCCAACAUCAUCAACCCAAGGGCCAACAUCAUCAACCCAAGGGCCAACAUCAUCAACCCAAGGGCCAACAUCAUCAACCCAAGGGCCAACAUCAUCAACCCAAGGGCCAACAUCAUCAACAUCCGUACCAGUAACAUCUCAUUCCAGUUGGUUCAAUAGAAUUUUAACCAGUUUUGAUUUUUUUUAAACAAUUCAAUUAAAUUGUUCUAAAAUUGGUCUAAAAUUAA